AUGACAUCCCGAGAAGAUAGCGUCUUGGCCGCCAGAGACCCGUCUCUCGUCGACGAGAACGCCUGGGAAGAAUUCAGCUUGUCCGAGGUCAGAAUCUUGGUCCCUGGCAAGUCGCGUUAUGCCAAUCUUCUCACGGCCACACCAGAGAACCCCGUCCAGGUGACGGGAUGUCUGGACGAGGUAGAGGAGGAGCAGGAGUCCCUAGUUCUCGACCCGGAUUAUCUAACAAAGCGCAUUGUAAUCGAUAAUGUGAGCCACUUCGCCUACGGGCAGCACAAUGAUGGGGAAGUCGGAAUCUGGGUUGCCGGCCAGGCUGGCUGGUUCUCCAUCUCCCCCGCAAAGGGGUACCGGGCCGUGUUCAACGACGUCGUCGAGGCAAUCGAUCUACUAUAUUUCCUGACCGAUCGGAAUAAGCCAAAGAGGAGGAGUGCGAGAAGGAAGAAGAAGUGGAAUUACCCGAGUCUUGAGGACUUGUGUGAUGAAUAUGUGCUCCACACGCAUGGGAUUUGCGAGGACGGUGACGACUCCGCCGAGGUUUUCUACAAGCAUCAUAAUUUUUUGCUCUCACGUAUGAUAAAUGGUGAGGAGGAGGUUAAUUGGGCUGAGACGAAUAUUUUUCCACAUAUUUGUGAAAAGUUUCCGGAGGAUUUUGAAGAGCUUCGCGCUCAAAAGGAAGCAAAGGAGGCGGAGACAGAGGAAGAAGACAAUGAUGAAGAUGAAGAAAUGGAAGACAGGGCUCCGACGCCUGACCCGACAGCCAUCUCGAAGGCCCAGGCAGAUGCCAUUUAUAAAGUGAUUCUUGAUCUCAAAGAAGCAGGGUACCUCGCGAAGCGACAGUUGAACCUUGAGCUUGUCGCAUCGACUCUGAUGGACCGCUUCGAGAUCGACGGUCUAGAGUAUGCACAGAAUCUUUUGUCAUCAACUGCUACUGGCAUUCUUGAAUCCAUGAACGAAGCCAAGACGAACGUAUUUGACUGGUCCAAGAAGGUCAUUUAUAAAGAAUUGAAAGCCGCAUCCAAGAAGAAUAAAUUGGAAAAUGUGACAUUCACUCCGCUACGGCCUCGUCUAUCUGAUGAUGGUGGUUCUUCCGACGAAGACAGUGACGACGACCCAAGACCCCGCCACCGGAAGUCUGUGCUACGACCAAAGAGCCAGAUUGCGUCGAAGAGAAAUGGCAAGCGGACCCGGAGCACAGCAGUGGAUUAUGAACUUUCCGAUGAUAAUCAGGAUGCCAUGGAUGAGUUUGAGACCCCCAGUAAGGUUCGUGGUCACGACCUAGUUCGGGACCCCUUGUCUACUAGGGCAAAACGGCGGACACGAUCUAUACUAUCAGACUCUGAGUCGACACCUGUUGUCGAAAGAACACCACUACAAGAAACUCUCCGGAGUCGAAAUACUUCAGUCUCAGCUGCCGAGUUGUUCCCGAACUCGGGGACUUCUCAUGACGCCAACUCCCCAGGGGAUACGUGGGUAUGCCAAGUACCCGGCUGCGAUAAGAUAAUCACCAGAUGUACUUCGAAGCGCGGCAAGGAGAUGGUCCAAGAUCAUUCUCUGGCACAUGCGGAUGACACAAAGGCAAAAGUCGAUCUAGUUGUUGCAGAACAAAGACUAAACAUUAAUCUUCGCGUCGAUAACCUCCUAAAUCGCAUUCGAGGAAUGAGUGCUUUCGAUGGUGCACUGGCAGCGCUAAAUGGCGAAAUGAACGGCACGCAUAAUGAAAUUGGAACCUAA